CCGAAGGAUAGGUGACACCCGGCGCGGGAAGCUCCAAGCCUUCAAGCAGCGCCGUCGGCGGCGAUGGACGAUCUGGCGCCAGGUCGACCCCCGCCAGCUCUGGCUGGCCGCUCGGUGCAGAUGGUCUCGGACCUGCUCCUCGAGGAGCAGCUGUAUCUGUACGAGCGCACACGCAUGCUGAAGGCGAAGUCCCAGGGCCUCUCUCCGCAGCAGGUUGCCUCCCAGGGGCCGCCGCUGUGCGCGAUCGAGGACGCCGAUAUCGACGAGAAGGUCGGAGCGCAGGACAAGGCCGUGUACCUUGUCUUUAUGGAGGGCUCCACGCGGACGAAGGAGUCGCUUCGGAACGCUGCCGCUUUCCACGGUGUCAAGGUGAACGAGUUCCAGGCGGAGUCGUCGUCCUUCCAGAAGAACGAGACGAUCACAGACACGAUGAAGAUGCUCACCGUCUACUCCACCCAGCGGAGCGUCUUUGUGGUGCGCAGCCCUCUCGAGGGCGUCUGCUCCUGGCUGCAGAACCCGCUGCCGUUCGGCCGCCCCGACGGCAACCCCUGCUGGACGGGGGUCCGACUGGCCGUUGCUGCCUCCCUGCGCCCUGGGGCGGCUGGCCGGCCGCGGGUGCGGACCGCCAUGCCUGGCCACGCCGCCAAGUUCGGCAUCCCGACGCCGUCCUUCAUCAACGCCGGGGAUGGGCGCAACUCGCACCCACUCUCGGAGCUCGCCGACAUGUACUCGCUGCUGGAGGCGAGCAAGUGGAACCGGCAGACCGUCCACAUUGCCUUGGUAGGCGACUUGAAGAACGGCCGCACGGCCCACUCGAAGGUCGACGGUUUGCUGUGCUUCAAGAACAUCCGGGUCGAUCUCAUAGCACCUGAGCCGUUCGGUCUUCCCAUCGAGUACGUGAAGCGCAUGGAGUCAAAGAAUUUUGAGGUGCGAACGUACCGUUCGACCGAGGAGUACAUGAACAGGGAGACUCGCAGCACCCUCGCGACGCUGUGGUACUUCUUCCGGCCACAGGUUCACAAGCGUGGCACCCUCGACGACGUGGCAAGCCUUGCGCUGAGGGGUCAGAUUUCCUUCAGGCCAGAGUGGAGGCAGAAACUCUCAGAGAACACUCGUUUUUUUCAGACACUGCCUCGAGACAAGGAACACCCACUCAUCCCUCUUUCUUUCGACCAGACGCCGCUGAACGGCUGGGAUGGCGUUUCCAGUAACGCGUACUUCCUCCACGUCGUUAUGUUGUCCAUGCUCCUUGGCAAGAUUGGGCAUUCGACGGACUGCGCCAACGCGGCUGAGAAGUUAGCGUGCAGCACAGAGGACUUGGGGGAGGAAGCUUAA